UUAGCACAAGAGGCCAAAAUGUUGAGGUGCUGAAAAGGACUGUAAAACAAUCUGAGACUUUUCAAAUUGGUACCUGCUAAGAAGCUGACAAUUGCUGACCUCUUGAACUCUUUUGGAUUUACACAACAGAUUGAGACCGAAGGAACGAAAGACAUAGAAAAGUAAUAGGAAAAGACCUGGAUUCUUGAGUCACCGUGAGCUAAAUUUCUGUCCUAUACAGGACCAUCACAUGACUUCUAAUGUCACAAUUCUAAUCCAGAAACAUGGUCAUUCUGCAACAGGGGGACUAUGUCUGGUUGGAUCUAAGAACGGGUCAUGAGUUUGAUGUCCCUGUUGGUGCCGUGGUCAAACUCUGCGACUCGGGUCAAAUCCAGGUUCUUGAUGAUAAAGGAAAGGAGCAUAGGAUCUCUCUUCAGAAUGCUACAAACAUUAAGCCUAUGCACCCAACCUCUAUUCAUGGGGUGGAGGACAUGAUCCGUCUUGGAGACCUGAAUGAGGCUGGAAUACUCAGAAAUCUGUUGAUCCGGUACAAUGACAGGGUUAUAUAUACAUACACUGGAUCCAUCCUGAUAGCAGUGAAUCCAUAUCAGCUCCUGCCCAUCUACACACCUGACCAGAUCCGCCUCUACACGAACAAAAAGAUAAGAGAAAUGCCCCCACAUAUAUUUGGCAUUGCGGAUAACUGUUACUUCAAUAUGCAAAGAAACAGUAAGGACCAGUGCUGCAUCAUCAGUGGUGAAUCUGGAGCUGGAAAGACCGAAAGCACCAAGCUCAUUUUACAGUUCCUGACGGCUAUCAGUGGCCAACACUCUUGGAUUGAGCAGCAAAUUCUGGAGGCCAAUCCUAUUUUAGAAGCGUUCGGUAAUGCUAAAACCAUACGCAACGAUAACUCCAGCCGAUUUGGGAAAUACAUUGAUAUUCACUUCAACAAGCGGGGAGCUAUCGAGGGGGCAAAGAUCGAGCAGUAUCUGCUGGAGAAAUCUCGAGUUUGCAGACAGGCACCUGAAGAGAGGAACUACCACAUUUUCUACUGCGUGUUGGCAGGCAUGAGCCCUGAUCAGAAGACUAAAUUAGGUCUCGGUCUGGCUACAGACUACACAUAUCUAACUAUGGGUAACUGUACAGUAUGUGAAGGGAGGAAUGACAUGAAGGAAUAUUCCAACAUCCUGUCUGCCAUGAAGGUCCUGAUGUUUACUGACACUGAAAACUGGGAGAUCUCCAAACUUCUGGCUGCCAUCCUGCACAUGGGCAAUCUGCGCUAUGAAGCUCGAACCCUUCAGAAUCUGGAUACCUGUGUAGUGGUGCGCUCACCUGACCUGGCCAAAGCAGCAACACUACUGGAGGUGGACCCUCAAGAUGUCAUGACAUGCCUGACCACACGCACACUUAUCACCAGGGGCGAGAGUGUGUCCACCCCUCUGAGUGCGGAGCAGGGUGUAGACGUCCGUGAUGCAUUUGUCAAAGGAAUCUACGGGAGGUUGUUUGUGUGGAUAGUGGAUAAAAUCAAUGCCGCCAUCUAUAGGGCUUCUUCUUCUGAAAAUAAAGCUUGCUGCAGGUCUAUCGGCCUGCUUGACAUCUUUGGCUUUGAGAAUUUCACUGUUAAUAGUUUUGAGCAGCUGUGCAUCAACUUUGCGAACGAGAACCUGCAGCAGUUCUUCGUUCGACAUGUUUUCAAGUUGGAGCAAGAGGAGUACAACCUGGAGGAUAUCAACUGGCAGCACAUCGAGUUCACCGACAACCAGGAUGCCUUGGACAUGAUUGCCAUGAAACCUAUGAAUAUCAUUUCGCUGAUUGAUGAGGAGAGCAAGUUUCCAAAGGGAACAGAUGCGACAAUGCUGAACAAGUUAAAUUCCCAGCACAAACUAAAUACCAACUACAUCCCUCCUAAGCACAGUCACGAGACAAAGUUUGGCCUUCAGCACUUUGCUGGAGUUGUGCACUAUGAAACUAAAGGUUUCCUGGAAAAAAACAGGGACAGCCUCCACAGUGACAUCAUCCAACUGGUUCAUUCGUCCAAAAACAAGUUCAUCAAGCAGAUCUUUCAAGCUGACGUUGCCAUGGGAGUGGAGACCAGAAAACGUUCCCCGACUCUCAGCAGUCAGUUUAAACGAUCGCUGGAGCUGCUCAUGAGGACGCUGAGCGUCUGUCAGCCCUUUUUUGUGCGCUGUAUCAAACCCAAUGAACUCAAAAAGCCCAUGAUGUUUGACAGAGGUCUGUGUGUCAGACAGUUACGGUACUCUGGCAUGAUGGAGACCAUUCGCAUACGCAGAGCCGGAUAUCCCAUUCGCUACACAUUCGCCGAGUUCGUGGACCGCUAUCGGGUCCUGAUGCCCGGAGUCAAACCAGCGUACAAACAGGCAAAUCUGCGAGGUACCUGUCAGAGAAUUGUUGUAUCGGUUCUGCAGAAAGACGAUGACUGGGAGAUAGGAAAGACCAAAAUCUUUCUGAAGGAUCAUCAUGACAUGCAGCUUGAAAUCGAAAGAGAUAAAGCCAUAACAAACAAGGUCAUUCUUAUCCAGAAGGUCACCAGGGGUUUAAAAGAACGAACUAACUUUCUAAAGGUUAAAAGAGCUGUGACAUUAAUCCAGAGGAUAUGGAGAGGCUACAUCUGCAGAAAACGCUACACAGCUAUGCGUGUUGGUUUCUUGCGGCUGCAGGCCUUGUACAGGUCACGAAAGCUGUACUUGGCAUAUCAAUCAGCCAGAACACGCAUCACCCUGCUUAAGGCUCGUUGCCAUGGUUUCCUGGUGCGGAGGACGUUCUCCAGGCGCUUCCGUGCAGUCCUGACCAUCCAGGCUUCUGCACGAGGAAUGAUCGCACGGAGAAUGUGUAAACAUCUGAGAGUAGAGAGGAAACGGCGGUUAGAGGCUGAAAGACAGCGGUUGGCUGAAGAGGAGCACUUGAGGAACCAGAUGACAGCACGCAGGGCUCGAGCAGAAGCAGAGAGGAAGCACCUGCAGCGUCUGGCCCAGCUCGAUCGAGAUCAGGAGGAGAGAGAGCAAGCGGAGCGAGAUGAGGCCCGCAAGAAAAAAGAGCUGCUGGAGCAGAUGGAGAGAGAAAAACAGGAACCGGUCAAUGACUCGGACAUGGUGGACAAGAUGUUCGGCUUUCUGGGCAAUGCCAACUGCCUCCCCAACCUGGAGGGUGAAGGUCCAGAAGGGUUUGAGGAUCUUGAGAAUGUUCCAGCACAGCUUGAGGAAGAUAUCAUCGACGAGGCUCUUCAGCUUCCUGAUGAUGAAGAGGAAGACCUAUCGGAGUACACCUUUGCGAAGUUUGCCGCAACCUACUUUCAGGGAAAUGCCACUUAUACCUAUGUGCGGCGGCAACUGAAACAACCUCUGCUGUUUCACGAGGAUGAAGGCGAUCAGCUUGCGGCUCUGGCUGUAUGGAUUACAGUGUUGAGGUUUAUGGGAGAUCUCCCAGAACCCAAAUACCAUAUUAGCAUUAGUGAUGGCAGUGAGAAGAUUCCAGUUAUGACCAAGAUCUAUGAGACGUUAGGAAAAAGGACCUACAAACGAGAGCUGCAGGCCUUGCAGGUGGAUGAGGAGAGUUCCACUAGUGACAUCCAAAAGAGAAACAGUGUUCGGCAUAAGCUUGUGUCACUGACACUGAAGAGGAAAUCAAAGAUCACAGAGGAGGUGACCAGACGACUGACAGACAAUGAUUACAUCCUACAAGGAAACAGCAUGCUAGAAGACAGGCCCACUUCCAAUUUAGAAAAGCUUCACUUUAUCAUUGGCAAUGGGAUUUUACGCCCCACCCUCAGAGAUGAGAUCUACUGUCAGAUCUGUAAACAGCUGACCCAGAACCCAUCAAAAAGCAGUCACGCCCGUGGAUGGAUUCUCCUGUCGCUGUGUGUCGGCUGCUUUGCUCCAUCUGAAAAAUGUGUCAAAUAUCUGCGGACGUUCAUCAACAGCGGGCCGCCUGGUUACGCACCGUACUGUGAGGAGAGACUAAGACGAACAUUUGUGAAUAAAACAAGAACUCAGCCUCCUUCUUGGCUCGAGCUACAGGCCACUAAAUCAAAAAAGCCCAUCAUGUUGCCAGUGACCUUCAUGGAUGGUACGACUAAGACCCUGCUCACAGACUCCGCCACCACAGCUGAAGAGCUUUGCAAUGCUCUGUCUGAUAAAAUUGGCUUGAAAGAUCGCUUUGGCUUCUCAUUGUACAUUGCUCUUUUUGACAAGGUGUCAUCUCUGGGCAGUGGAAAGGACCACGUGAUGGAUGCUGUGUCACAGUGUGAACAAUAUGCUAAAGAACAGGGUGCACAGGAGCGAAACGCACCUUGGAGGCUGUUCUUCAGAAAGGAAAUAUUCACACCCUGGCACAACCCCGCCGACGACAGCGUGGCCACAAACCUCAUCUACCAGCAAAUUGUUCGUGGGGUCAAAUUCGGGGAGUAUCGGUGUGAUAGGGAGGAGGAUCUGGCCGAGCUGGCAUCUCAACAGUAUUAUGUGGACUACGGGUCAGAGAUUCAGCAGGACCGUCUUCUCGGCCUCAUUUCAUCCUACAUACCAGACAGAGAAAUUACAGCCUCCAAGAAUGUGGAGAAGUGGGCCUUUAGUAUCAUUGCAGCUCAUAAAAAGGGAAUCUACAUGCAGAAGAUGUUCGAUUCGCAGAGGGUAAAGGAGGAGGUGGUGGAUUUUGCUCGGUUUAAGUGGCCUUUGCUUUUUUCACGCUUCUACGAGGCCUUCAAAUUCUCAGGGCCUAGUCUCCCAAAGAAUGAUGUUAUAGUAGCAGUUAACUGGACCGGAGUCUACUUUGUGGAUGAGCAGGAGCAGGUUCUUCUAGAUCUUUCUUUCCCAGAGAUCACUGCCGUCUCCAGCAGCAGAGGAGGAAAGCUGCAGGGACAGAGCUUCACUCUGGCCACUAUUAAAGGAGAUGAAUACACCUUUACAUCCAACAACGCAGAAGACAUCCGGGAUCUCGUCGUCACCUUUCUAGAGGGUCUCCGGUCGAGGUCAACGUUUGUGGUGACGCUGGUGGACAGUCAUUACCUUUCUGGGCAGGACUCUUCAUUCCUGAGUUUCUCAAAGGGAGAUCUGAUCAUUCUGGAUGAUCAUACAGGAGAACAGGUCAUGACCUCAGGUUGGGCUCACGGGAUCAAUGACAGAACCAAGAAGAGAGGAGAUUUCCCAGCAGACUGUGUCUACGUGUUGCCCACCGUUACUAAGCCACAAUGUGACAUUGUGUCUCUGAUCACAAUGUCCCCAGAACAACGUAAGGAAUCUAUAAGUGUAACCCAUCAAAAUCCGCUGGACAGCGAAGAGAAAGUUCAACCCUACACACUAGAGGAGUUUUCCUACGAUCACUUCAGACCUCCUGGCAAGAACACAUUAAGUCGUGUGAUAAUGACUAAAGGCAGAGGGAAAGAUAAACUGUGGUGCUGUACCAGAGAACCUCUCAAACAACCUUUGCUGAAGAAAGUCCUCAACCAUGAAGAGCUCUCCCAGGAGGCUUGCCAGGCCUUCAUUGCGAUCAUGAAGUACAUGGGCGACUAUCCUUCCAAGAGAAGUCGUUCGGUCAAUGAGCUCACCGAUCAGAUCUUUGAGGAGGCUCUGAAGGCCGAGCCGCUAAAGGACGAGAUCUUCUGCCAGAUCAUCAAGCAACUGACUGAGAAUCAUCUGAAGUACAGUGAGGAAAAGGGUUGGGAGCUGCUCUGGUUAUGCACCGGACUCUUUCCUCCAAGCAACAUGUUGUUUCCUCAUGUCCAAAAGUUCCUGCAAUCUAAAAAGCAUUAUCCUGUAGCCCCAGACUGCAUGCAGAGACUGCAAAAAGCAUUACGAAAUGGUUCCAGGAAGUAUCCGCCUCACCUUGUAGAAGUGGACGCCAUUCAGCACAAAACCACUCAGAUCUUUCACAAAGUGUACUUUCCUGAUGACACAGAUGAGGCUUUUGAAGUUGAAUCAAGCACAAAAGCCAAAGAUUUCUGUCUGAACAUCGCCGGCAGAAUGAUGCUUCAGUCCUCUGAGGGUUUCAGUUUGUUUGUCAAAAUAUCUGACAAAGUGAUCAGUGUGCCCGAAGGAGAUUUCUUCUUUGACUUCGUUCGACAUCUGACAGACUGGAUCAAAAAAGCCAGAGCUGUGAAAGAUGGCCCAGUGCCUUCACUGACCUAUCAGGUGUUCUUCAUGAAAAAACUAUGGACCAAUACUGUACCAGGAAAAGAUCCCAUGGCUGAUUCCAUCUUCCAUUACUUCCAGGAGCUCCCGAAGUACCUGCGCGGCUAUCACAAGUGCUCUCUUGAAGAGGCGUUCCAGCUGGCUGCUUUCAUUUACAGGGUUAGGUUUGAAGAGGACAAAUCACAGUUUUCCAACCUCUUCAAGAUGCUGAAAGAGCUGGUUCCUCAGGACCUGAUACAACAGCUCUCGCCCGACGAUUGGAAACGGGGCAUUAUAACAUACUUCAAUAAACAUGCUGGCAAAUCUCGAGAGGAAGCAAAAUUUAUGUUUCUAGAAAUCCUUUACAACUGGCCUACUUUUGGAUCUGCCUUCUUUGAAGUCAAGCAAUCCACAGAUCCAAAUUUCCCAGACGUCCUCUUGAUAGCAAUCAACAAACUUGGUGUUACCCUCAUUGACCCCAAAACAAAGGACAUUUUGGGGACACAUUCUUUCACAAAAAUCUCCAACUGGAGUAGUGGACAUACCUAUUUUCAUAUAACAAUUGGUAACCUGGUUAGAGGAAGCAAGCUGCUGUGUGAAACAUCACUGGGAUAUAAGAUGGAUGAUCUUCUCACCUCUUACAUCAGUCAGAUGUUGACGACUAUGACCAAGCAGCGCAGUUCACAUGGAAGCAGCAAGUAGAAGAGACUUUCUGUGGUACACUGUUUAUUUACUGUACAAAAAUCCUAUGCAUGUUUCUUUCAAUACCGUAGUAAUUCAUGCAGGAUUUAUAGAAACUGGAAUAUUUAUUGGACACAGGUCCUACAGACCGAGCAGAGUUUUACUACAGAGAAACAUCAUUUCCUAGAAACAUCAUUUUAUACAUGAUGAUAAACUGAAUCUUUGUAGUAUUAUGACUUGUUUAUACUGCAGCCUUAAUUGUAAUUUAUGAGUCUUAAUUUUUAUUAAAGCAACUUUCAAUGUCAAUGAAGAACAUGUAUAAUUAAAAUGAUCAGUCCUGAAUCAGACCAGAUUUAGGGUUUCCUGGUCAAUUGUUUUACUGUAUGUCUGGAUAAUUCUGACAUCUCAAUUGCCAAUUAAAUACAUCAGUACAGAAUGUUUUUAAAAUGUUUCAAUAUUUGAUUUUGCUACAUGAAAGACUACUUUAUGUUGAUCUUAGUCACAGUAUACAUUUGGGUCAUUUUCAAGCGGACGGUUUGAAUUUUGAACUUAUUGGCACAUAAAUGUCACUUUAUUAGUAUUUUUGGUAUAUCGUAUAUUUAAUAGUAUAACAUUUGAUUUAGUCUAUAAGAAUCCUUAAUGGGUUUUUGCUAAAUAUAAUUUCACAUAAAUGAUUUACCAAAUGAAGACAUUUGCAUUUUAUAAACUUUAUAUGAAUAAUUGUUAUAAUUAUUGAAUUAAACUUUGUUUAAAUUAUUUAUUCAACUUGUUAGAAUGUACUGUAAGUGUUAUAUGUUUAACAUUUUUCUUACGCCAUUGUAAAUGUAAAGUACAUUGUGUAACAGUAUUUUGAAGAAAAAUAAAUAGCUAUAUCUUUUAUUUUAAACAUUUUAUCUGUUUGAGUUAAGCGUGUUGAGAUAAACAAUUGUUAGCUAGAGUAAAAUAGACUGUCAGCCCAAUAUGAUUUAUGACCACUUAGUGUCUAAUUAGAUUUUGCCUAAUGAUUCAGUCAAAACCAUGAAAUGAAUUGUAAUACUAUAUCGAGGAGGAGAUUCCCCCCUUCCAUGUAAAGCGCUUUGAGUGCCCAGAAAAGCGCUAGACAAAUGUAACGAAAAUAUAUUAUUAUUAUAUCAUUUAUGAAACGUAAAAGCACUAAAUCCACUAAUUUGAAUAAAGAUAUGAUCAAUUUCAACAACAAAUAUCUGUUUAAAUUUGACAUUGAGAAUUUUCUUAUUGUGGAAUGAUAAUAUAAAGAAGUUUGAAAAAUAAUUGUUUUCAUCAAUAAUUAGCAACAUCUAAAAUGAUGCUGCUCAGAUAACAUGUUUGUGACACACCUGCUCAAUGUUUAGUUAAAUAACAUCAGUUAGAGGUAAGGGGUUUAAAGGUUAGGCUUCACCAGGGGCCUGACACGAUGUUCCUUGCUUCUCAGAGGCACUCGUCUUGGAUAGAGACCACACCUCAUUUAU